ACAGAAAAAAGAAAAAAAGAAAUAGUCGGUUGCAUUGUUUGUUGGGAUUUCUCAACAGUGGUUGUAUCUGAGACUAGUGUGGGAGUUUCUUGAGAAAUUGUUAUUUUGUUAGCUGUUUGGCUGAUUGGAUUUUGGUUUUGACGUGAAUGGAUUCUUCAAUACAAGCCAGGGAAAUAGAGAGGUUGGAGAAAGAGAAGUCGAUCAAUGACUGGCUUCCAAUCGCGUCGUCAAGGAAUGCCAAGUGGUAUUAUUCAGCUUUUCACAAUGUGACUGCCAUGGUUGGUGCUGGAGUUCUUAGUCUUCCUUACGCCAUGUCAGAACUCGGAUGGGGACCGGGCGUUGCGAUUCUUAUCUUAUCGUGGGUUAUCACUCUCUACACACUUUGGCAAAUGGUUGAGAUGCAUGAGAUGGUUCCCGGGAAGCGAUUCGAUAGAUAUCAUGAGUUGGGUCAGCAGGCAUUUGGCGACAAGCUCGGCCUUUGGAUUGUUGUGCCCCAACAGCUGAUUGUUGAAGUAGGUGUGAACAUAGUCUACAUGGUCACAGGUGGAAAAUCACUUAAGAAAUUCCAUGACACGGUCUGCCCCAACUGCAAAGAAAUCAAGCUGACAUUUUUCAUUAUGAUAUUUGGUUCCUGUCACUUUGUUCUUUCUCAGCUUCCCAACUUCAACUCCAUUGUGGGGGUCUCUUUCGCCGCAGCAGUCAUGUCUCUUAGCUACUCCACUGUUGCAUGGGCUGCUUCUAUUCACAAAGGAAAGCAAUCCAAUGUGCAAUACAGUUACGCAUCUUCAAGUACAAAGGGGACUUUGUUCUCCUUCUUUAGUGCAUUCGGAGACAUCGCUUUUGCAUAUGCAGGCCACAAUGUGGUACUAGAGAUUCAAGCAACAAUCCCAUCGACACCUGAGAAGCCGUCUAAGAAACCAAUGUGGAAGGGUGUGAUUGUUGCCUACAUUGUUGUUGCCUUAUGCUAUUUCCCGGUCGCUUUGAUUGGUUAUUGGGCGUUUGGGAAUUCAGUUGAAGACAACAUUCUUAUUAGCCUAGAGAAACCAGCUUGGCUAAUUGCAGCUGCAAACUUCUUUGUUGUAAUCCAUGUCAUUGGAAGUUAUCAGAUUUUCGCAAUGCCUGUGUUUGACAUGUUAGAAACUCUUCUUGUGAAGAAGCUCCAUUUCCCUCCUGGUCUUACACUGCGCAUCGUUACACGCUCAACCUAUGUUGCACUCACAAUGUUCAUUGCUAUGACCUUUCCUUUCUUCGGUGGGCUACUCGGAUUCUUUGGAGGAUUUGCCUUUGCACCAACGUCAUACUUUCUCCCUUGCAUCAUGUGGCUUGUGAUCUAUAAGCCCAAAAAAUUCAGUGCAUCGUGGAUUGCGAAUUGGAUAUGCAUCAUACUGGGGAUCAUGCUAAUGUUGGUAUCAUCGAUUGGCGCUCUAAAGUCUAUCAUCGAUUCCGCUAAGACCUACAAGUUCUACUCUUGAUCCAUCCAAACCCAAGUUGGGGUUUUCGACAAUGGGCAAUGGUGGUGAUUAUAACAGAUGCCCUCAAUACCGACAGCUAGGAUUAGAGAGAAUGGGAGUCUGUAAACUGUCUGCAUUGAAACUAAUAGAAGGAGAACCUCUUACAAGCCAUUCCAUUGCAAUUUCUUUGUUUGUUUAUUUGAUGUUAAAGAUAAAAAUCUUCCUAUAUUUGGCAUUCUGCAUGUCUCCUAAGUCUAUGGAUUUUACUAUUUGGGCCUGUGGUGUUUGCUCAAAUC